UCCAGUUCGAGACUUUGAAAGAUCUGGCCCUCUUAAUUUCUUAUGAAAGAAAAAAAAAUGGUGAUUUUUUUUCCUCCUUGUUCUUGGAAGCGUUAAUCAGAAGAUGGUAGACACGUGCGAGUGAACAGACCAAUGUUUUCUGUGAGCCAGAGAGAGUAAAAAGUACGCGAAAAAUCCAAAGAGGGAGAGGGGGAAUUCCCGGGGAGGAAAUUCCCUGGUUUGAUGAAAUGACACGGGGCCAAUGGAAUGGAAGACACGAUUCAUGGUCCGGGGAGAAAGUUCAGACCUUCAAGACUUCAACCAGACUCUCAGAAUCAGCAUAUAACUACUCUGUUUUGAAAAGCGGGAGUUUAGUAGCUUUUAAGAAAUGUAUAAUAUAUAAUGUAUCAACGUAUAGCUACAUUUCGUUUCAUAUAUUUUACAAGCAACAUUGUGCUUCCUUUGGCAUCUUAACGAUGUCUUAAUUGGAGGAAAUUGUUGCUUAACUUUUAACAGAUCUAUUUUAAUUGCUGCUUUUUUUGUGUGUGUGCGCGCGUGAGGGAGAUUGGAUUAUUUUUUUCUCUGCUUUGCUUCGAGUCCUGCCUGUACCAUGUCUCUGGAUAAUGACGGUGCGGGGAGAUUAUUGGAGAGUUUCACCCAGUUACAGGAGCUGGUGGAUAAACUGGAGAAGGAGAACCGAUCACUCAAGAGCAAGUUGAAAAGUUGCUCCACCAUUGGUACUUUCUACCACGAAGCUCGGCAGGAGCUGUGCCGCCUGAGCGAGCAAGUGGCGCAGAAGGACACCCGCCUGAAAGAACUGCAGAGCCGCCUGGCCGCCUACCAGAGCAGCGCCGCGCUCCUAGGCCGGGAGCCGCAGCCGGGCGCCGGCCCCGGCCCCUCGGCUUCCUUGCUGGACGGCCUCCUGCAGGAGAUCAGCAAGGUGAAGAAGGAGCAGGCGGACUCGGCGAGGGACUGGCAGGAGGAGAAUGAGCGGCUGAAGGAGGAACUGCGGAACGCUCAGCUGCUGCUGAGGGAGAAGGAACAGCAGGUGGAGUGGAUGGUGAGCAACCCCCCCUACCAGAAGGACGCGGAGAUCGCCAGGCUGCGCCAGGCCCUGAGGGAGAAGGAGAGGCUCCACGCCACCCGGGAGGUCUGGUGCCGCUCGUUGGCCGAGGAGACGGAGCAGCUGCAGAUGCGGCUGGCCGGCACCGCCAGCAUGUGCCAGCAGCUGGCGCGGCAGCUGGAGGAACAACGCAAGAAGAGCCAGCACGGUGCGGAGACUGGGAGGGCCCCUGCGCAGCAACUCACUGAGCUACAGCAGGGAGAUUCCCCAGAGACCAUCAUGUCCAAAGUUCAGGAAGAGAACCGCGUUCUCAAACAAAAAGUUAUUUAUGUGGAAGACCUCAACACCAAGUGGCAGAAGUAUGACAUCGGGCGGGAGGACUAUGUGAAGAGGCUCCACCUCGAGCUGAAGGACCUGAGGUCGCGGCUGGACCAGCCGGCUGGAUUCGGGGGCCCCCAAGCCAACGCGGACGUCCUACGGCAGGAGAUUGCGCGAUUGAACCGGCGGCUGGAGGAGAAGAUGGCGGAGUGUGAGCGGCUGGCGGGGUUCAGGGAUGGCCUGGAGAAGGAGCGGGCGGUCAACCGCCAGCUCCGCGAGCAGCUCCAGGACGUGCAGGCGGCAGGUGGAGCCACCAGGGAGCGGAUGCAGAUGUUGGAGCAACAGGUCCUGGUCUACAAGGACGACUUCCGGUCGGAACGCAAGGACCGAGAGAGGGCCCAGAGCAGGAUUCAGGAGCUGGAGGAGGAACUGGCUCGACUCCGGCUCCAGCUGCCACGGAAACAGGACCUCCAUGACUCUGGUGCCCGUCGCCAUGGCAACACCAGUGCCUAUCGGCUGGAGGGGGGCUUGGCAGACCCGGCGUUUGGGAACGGCACGGAUCGCGUGCUGUCGCACCGCGGCGGUAGGAGUAACGCGACCUCGCCGGAGGUUCCCGCCUCCGAGCUUGGCCAUCAAGGACUCCUGCAGUGUCCCAAGUGCAUGAGGUUAUUCAACGAUGAGGUUAGCGAAGAGUGUCUCAGGCACAUCUCAGAGUGCUGCCAGUGAUGGUGACCACACCCUCCCUUCCCACCUCUCCUACUAGACCAGGGAGGCCAGCGUUGUUCGAGAGGACUAUCCACCAGCACCCACUCCAUCACAAUGCCUCAGGGACUGUCCGUGCACCACUGUGAGGGGCAAGAAGCCUUGUUAAAACAAGAUUGUACCCAGGUACUGGAGAGGAUAACUGUGUCCAAGGUGCCUGCUGCUCAGAGAAGGGGUCCUCCAGCUUGAUGCUGAAGCAGUAUUAAUCCGUCUUUGAAAAUCACUAAAGAGUGUUACUAAGUCUCGUCUGUGGGAGCUUGCUGUGUGGAGUUGGUUCCAGCGUCAUGUCGUAAGAUUCACAUGUUGGGUGUCUGGCACUUUGGGAACCGAGGUGGCGAAGGAAACAUUAGAACCCAGAGAAAAUCUGCAGAUGCUGGAAAUCUCAGCAACACACACUGAAGGAACUCAGCAGGCCAGGCAGCAUCUAUAGGGGGGAAAAAAAUACAGUCAAUGUUUCGAGCUGAGAGCUUUCUGUUUCAGGUCAAGCUGACAGAUAUAGAUCAUAGAACAUUACAGCAAAGAAACAUGCCCUUUGGUCUUGCAAUAGGGUUGGUUGGAGUUUAGAGAUUGGAAAAUACUGUUACAUUUGUAUGGGUUACUGGUCAGAAUCUACUUUAAUAUCAGUGACAUGUGUCAUGAAAUUUGUUGUUUUGUGACAGCAGUACAGUGCAAUACUAAAUAUAUCACAAAUUACAAUAAAUAUAUACAGUAUAUAAAGAGAGGAAGUGAGCAGAACAGUGAGGUAGGGUGCAUUCAGAAAGCUUUUGGUGGAGACGAAGCAGCUGUUACAGAAAUGUCGAAUUUCCACCUUCUCCCUGAUGAUAGUAAUGAGAAGGCAGCAUGUCCUAAACCAACUAUCUAAACACUUAGCUGUCUGUAAAGAGACGAUGUCUGUUUAAGGUGAGUGGCGAGAGGUUUAGGGGCUGGUUCCAGGUACCCAGCUCUCUGUAAAAAACCUGCUCCGCAGAGCCUCUUAAAAUCUUUCCCCUCUCAACAGUACGAGAUGGUAAAAGAGAUAGAAUGGACAGCCAGUGACAUUUUCCCCCAGGGUGGAAAUAGCUUAUGCCAGCAGACAUCAGGUGGUUGGAGGAAAGUAUAGGGAGGAUGAUUGAGACAAGUUUUUUUUGUGUAACGUAGAGUGGUGUGUAUGGAAUGCAGUGGUGGCGUCUGAUACACGAGGGACAUUUAAGAUAGGUAUAAGAAAAAUGGAGCUAUGAGGGAUGGAAGGGUGAGAUUGAUUGUGGAGUUUACAUAGAUUGGCACAAUCUUGCUGGCUGUAAGAGUUGUACAGUGUACUGAUCUAUAAAUUAAUCCUCUCUGUCUACACAACCUCUCAAACACCUUGAGUGUAUCUGCCUCCACCAUCACUCCUGGAAGUGCAUUCCAGGCAUCCAAAGAUGGACCGAAGAGCCUGCUUUCACACGUUACAACUCCAUGGCUAUUCGGAGGGAGCUGUUCGAAUCAGAUAUGCCUUCGAGUGCAUGUUGUUCCCAGUGGAGUCGUCCUGUGGUACCGAUGGAAUACUAAAUCCAUCCCGGUCCUGAAGCCCAACACUCCAGCUCGGCCACGUACACACUUCACUACCAAAUUGUCUCCGGAGUGACCAAGAGGAAAAUGGUUAAGAAUCUAAACUUCAAACUUGUUUUUACCAUUAAAGAAAAAGAAAUGCAGUGUUCCAGCACUCCGCACACAAAUCAUUCGUACUCUGCUUAUUGCAGGCAGUCGUCAAUGUUGAAACAUUGGAAUCAAAUUUGGUUUGCACUGUCUGCUUUCAUUUUAUUGUUCAAUUGUGAUAUCUUCUCUUCCCCCACCCCCAAUACAUUUCUAUUAAUGUUUUAUUAUUGUUAGAAUUCCUGCUUUUCAGGAUUUUUAAAAUUUUUAACUGGUUAUUUUAUUUUAAACUUAAAUAUGAGAAUAUACAG